GUGAGCUGCAAUCGCGUGUAUAAAGCACGGCGAUGCUCCACCCUUGAAUACAUACACAUCAUACAACAAGAAAAACUCACAAACUCCAUGGCUAUUUGCCUUGCGUCCCGCUCGCGGCUGCUGUCAUCGCGACUGUCGCGCACCAAGCCCGCAGUUAUCCACCUUCUGUCCCACCCCUUCAUUCAACAAAAUACUCAACAUAACGCUGGACCCUCACACGGGCUGCUUCCUCCCGCUGGGCUCACAGCGCCCGACCUGCUUGCGUCUCGGCGGAGCAUAGCCACACACGCAAUUGCUGAGGCUGCCGCUAUGGUCUCACUCGGUGCAGCGUCUUCGGGCUACACGUUUCUCAGCUUCACCCCUGGCACCGCGGCCCUGGGCGGCCUUGUACUGGGCAUCGCCACGGCCAUCAAGGUCAUCGCCACAGGCCGGGUGUUGGGCAUCUCUGGCGCCGUCAAGGGCCUGAUCAACGGCGAGGCGGCGCCCUGGCGUUUCGCCUUCCUGAGCGGCAUGCUGGUUGGCGCACUCAUGCUGACCAACGCCUUCCCCGCCGCCUUUGAGGUCAUCCCCGAAUCCUUUCCGCUCUGGCGCGCAUCCCUAGGGGGUCUUCUGGUCGGACUGGGCGCCGCGCUGGGCAACGGGUGCACGUCAGGACACGGAAUCUGCGGCUCUGCCCGACUAUCGACACGCUCGUUUGCGUACACCGGGACCUUCAUGGCUGCGGGCAUGGCCACCGCUACUCUCACCAACACCGCCGCCGCUAUGAACGUGGCCCCGCUCGCCGCGGCCUUCGCUGGUCCUGCCGCCCCCGAGCUACAGCUGGCCGUCACCGCAGCGCUGGGCGGCCUCGCGGCCUUCGCCGCGCUUUCCAGCGCCGCCCGCGCCGUCCGCGGCGCCCCCUCGUCCCAGCCCAGCGCGCAGGCCCAGCAGUCUGUGCCGUUCGAGCUGGGCUCCGAAGUGUUGGCAGGGCUGCUGUUCGCCAUUGGCCUCGGCAUCUCGGGCAUGACGCACCCCAGCAAGGUCGCUGGCUUCCUGACCGUGGGCGUGCCCUCCUGGGACGCUUCGCUGCCCUUCGUCAUGGGUGGUGCCGUGAUGGUGGCCGCGAUCGCGUACCAGGGCAUCCUCAGAUUCAAGAUGAUGUCAAAGCCGCUCUUCACGCCGGGCUUCUGCAUCCCCACUAGCUCGCUGAUCGACGGCCGGCUCCUCACAGGCGGCGUCUUGUUCGGCGCCGGCUGGGGGCUGGCGGGCAUGUGCCCCGGCCCCGCCAUCGUGGCGGCUCUGACUGGCGACCCCCACGUGCUCGCCUACCUUGGAUCCAUGGCGGGCGGCAUGUGGCUGGAGCACCGGCUCACGGCCUGGCAGCAGCAGCAGGCGAAGAAGGAGCAGCAGCUGACACAGCAGGCUGCGCAGCAGAAGGCGAUGGGGACGGAGGCGGUGGUGAGCGCGCCGGCGGCGGCAUCCGAAGUGAUGGAGGGGCUGAGCAGUGCACAGCCCGUCACCGGGGGCGCCUCGAUUCCGCGCUUGAAGCGCGUGGAGUCGCAGAUGGGCUAAUAAGCUGCGAUUGCGUGGUUCAGUACGUGGCUAAUGGUUGGUGUGUCCCUGAUUGUUUGUGGUUUGUCAUGCUGCUGAAGAAGGAAACUGGAAAUGGUUGGGCAUUAUCAUGAGUGGGCAGACACGUGUGGGCGCGCGUGUGCACACAGUUGCGUUUCAGAGAGGAAGAGUGUACAGCGCGUUUCAUUCUUUAUUAUAGUGCAUUCUCAAACAUGCUGGUGGGUGGGGAAGAUGCACCAAGCAAACUGCUGCUCAACCUUACGUUCGCCUGGGACAUGCAAUGAGUGAGUAUGAAAGCUAUACUAAAUGCGGGGCCACGACACUGGUGCAUGCAUGGGAUGCUUGAAUGAAUCCGGGCACAAUAAUCAACAUGCGGCAGCCGGCGGAAGGACAUGCUGCAACAGUCGCGAUGUUUAUCAAGCAGACCGGGCGUGUGGGACGCCGCGUUGGCGAGAGCCACGGAUGGCCCUAACACCGUGGGAGCAUGUCGCACUUGUGGAGGGCACUGUAACCCCGCCAGGCCACG